GCAGUGUGUGCGAAGGUUGGUAUUGAUAUAAAAGAUCGUUUGGACAAGGACAGCAAGAAACGGAAAUUCCUGGUUUCCAAACCUCCAAACUUUGCGGUAAGAAACAUGGCAACUAAGUUCAGAAAAAAAUAAAUGAUCUCCAAUUUCGUAUGUCGGUGGCACAACUUGCUUGUGAUGUUACUCUGAGUGUAUAUCCACACCGGGCAAGCUUGAAAAAUAUGCCUGACCACGUUGGGAAUCGAACCUACGACCUUUCCACUCGACAAUUUCCAUCUACAAGACCCUUCUAAUGAACGAGAACAAUAUAUCAAAUUCCCAAUAGAUAGCCGUUGGUUACCUCUGCUAUAAAAUUGGAUUAUGUGUGUCAGGGGACUGGAGGGGACCCCCCCCCUCCCCUAGAAGUAGUAGAGCUAUCCCAGCAUAACCAAAGUUUAUAACUUUAGGACCUAAAUAAUCAUGUUGUUUUCUUCAGAAAUUUCCUCCACAUCAAGAUUUCGAUGUUCAACAUGACUAUCUGGCCGCUGUUGGCAGUCCUCAAGUACGCAUACGAAAACGUGGUCAAGGUGGUACGUAAUUCUUGUACAUUAAUGACAUAUAAUAGAAUUCCUUGUUCUAAAAUAUCCUUCUUUAUAAAUUCUUGUAAAUUUUACUUUUCAGCUAAUGGCUGCAUUGUAAACUUCAAAGAACUAUCUAUCUAUCUAUAACAUUCUCUUUUCUAUUUUCAAACUUGCGUGAUUUACUAGCAUUACAGUUUUACGCGAGAAUAGAUAACGGUUUUUAUUGUUUUACAUUUUCUGCAUUUUGUAUUUUCCAGGACAUUUUACAUACAGCCAUACAGUACGACUUAUUGUCGAAGAUCAGACAGUUGAACGAAGAAAAAUCAUUUCUUCACGAGAUUACCAGGUAUAUACAGGGCCUUCCCGAGCGACUCGCUUCAGGGGGGCGUGCCACCCCCCCCCCCCAUACCCCCUCUCAAGUUUCGCCCUUGGGUUUAUCCCAACCCAUCCUGUCAACAUUCGCUGCUGGUGGAAACCGGAGUACCUGGACCCACGACUUUCGGUAGGGCGACUUGACUGACUCUUUUCACAAUAAGUGUCAUGUGUCCUCAGCGAGAAUCGAACCCACAAUAUCCAGAGGCAAACUCUCCUCUUUAACAUCUAUUCAUUGUCAGGAUAUUUGCUGCGCUGCCUAUGAUACGGCAUCGUUUUGUUCCUGUACAGUAUAUAACUACCGUCUCUUGAUAUCUUCAUUGAAAAUAUUUCUAGAUGUUUUUACGACAACGUGAUCCCACUCGGAGUUCGAUGAUAAAACGACGGACAUGUUUCCUAUGGCAUAAUCAGUAUUUUCAACUCGAUGUCUACUGUCAGCCUUGCAAUGAAAGGUAUCUUAUUAGUGGCGGUUUUUUGGGGGGUGGGGCUAAUUUCCAUAAAUUGUCCAACAUAUAGAAUUUUUCCUCGGAAAUGUUUGCGACAGGGGAAGGGCUGGGGGAUUUUCGGACCUAAAAUAUUUCCUACUUGAUAUUUUUAUUACACAUGCCGGUUUCCUUUGACUUUUCCUGAAUUUUUUCGAAAUUUGCCCAAUUUUUAUAUAUAAACUUCAACAUUUGCAAUCUUAUCCAUUUUUUGAGGGGGGGGCCCUCCCCCCCGUUCCGCCGCCACCGUAUCUUAUGGUAGUAAACCUCGACCUCUAUUAGCGAAAAGCACAAUGGACGUGCAUAUGUAGAAUGGUGCCUGGAAGUUGUGCUUUGCAAAUCACUCCUAGAACAUGUACGGGACGUUUGGCAAGAAGUAAAACCAUAUUUUCUUAGUGUUUUCAAUUUUCAGGUCGGAACUAGCUAUGCAGGAAAACGUAUUUAUAUUCGCUUUUUCCAGACAUAAUAAAAAAUUAUUUGGUUAGAAAUAUUCAUACCAGAGCAGUCGUUUACGAGAGCCAUAUUUACUCCGCAUAAAAUUGCAUAAAGUACUGUACGUAGAUAGAAUGGUGGUUCCAUCGCAUCCUAUUAGAUUUUCAGUCAAUUCAGACGUAAAUUUUAUAUCUCAACAGUAUUUUCCAUCAUAGUUAAUAGAAUAGAUGGUUUGGAAACUCAUCAGAACAACAUAACUCAUUAUCUAUGUUAGUCAACGUUUAUUCAUAAAUCUGGUCGUUCACCGUCACGUGCGUAUUGUAUUUUUGCCAAACUAACAAUAGCAAUGUCUUAAGAAAGUUACCUAUCCAUGACUCAAACAAUAGGGUAAAUUGAAAAUUGCUAUUGGUGGAUUUGGCAAUAAUGAGUUUCCAGACCAUCUAUUCUAUUAACGUAAAACUAUGAUUCCAUGAAUUCUUAUCAUCGUGAAGAAUAUAUUUCGGGAUUUUGGGAAUUCUAAUUCAGAGGACAAUUGAAUUAGCGUGCAGGUCUCGGAAUAAAAGUGGAUGAAUUUACGUCUUAUUAAACUUAAAUCUUUUUCCAUCAUUGCAGAUGUAAAAAUUUAAUGAUCUUGGAAACAUUCACGACGAAACAGGGCAAUGAUCUCCCACUUCCAAAUUUCCUAGAAAUUGAGAAGGAAAUAACGGACGACAAAGAUUAUUCAAUGUAUUACCUCUCGUUGGAUGAAUGA